CACAAGUUCACAAAACCACCACCGAAUACACAAAAUGCAACUACGUCGCGCUGCGAACGAGCCAGCCAGCCCUGCGGCCCUGCAAUCCCGUCGAAUUGACUUCCUUCACCCUGGAUAUCCAGGGAACGCGAUACUUCUGUCGCUGCCCGCCCUCGAUGACGACGGCAGCGACGCGGCGGGAAUCGACUUCGACACGGCUCUAGCGGCAUGCGGCCUCAUCGCGGGAAACCGGUGGAGCGAUGGCUUCUUUUCGUCGGACCGUAACGGAGCUCUGAUCGUGGAGCGCCCGGAGAAUGGCAUCCUGUGCGAGCCGCGGUACUUCUUUCAACUCCCCGGUCCGCUUGAUCCCCCAUACCCCAUUGUCCCGCGUUUCUCCGACUGGCGCUUCCCGCAUGGCGAUUUACCGCCCUUAUGGCAAAGAUGGGCGGCAGAUGCGGCGCUGCCACGCACAGGAGGAGACACAACUCGGCGCUGCGUGCUCUCCAACUACGGCGACGGCCUAGAGACGGCCCACCUGCUACCAGCCGCUGAAGACGACUGGUGGCUUUCGAACGAGAUGCAGCGCUAUUCGCUUACGCAGUUCUUCUCGAGCAACCCGAUUGAUGGGCCAGCCAACCUCCUAACGCUACGGGCCGAUCUGCAUCGCGUUUUCGACGAGAGACAUUUUUGUCUUGUUCCCAAGGUCGGGGAGGUAGACGGAGGGCGUGAUGGAUCCCAAGCAGAGCCCGCGCCGCCACAGCUCGUUCUCCACGUCUUCAACUUGACCCCCAGCGGACAGCUCCCGAACCUCUGGCACAACCGCCUUGUUCAUCCCCUUCCCACAACCGUAAUGAUAGAGUGUCUCUUUGCACGUUUCGCGUGGACCAUCUUCAGCCCUCGUGUCUUUGACAUGUUCCUCCCCUCCGCGCCUGUACCGAGGCGGCUGCUGCUCUGGAGUGGCGAGACGGGGCAAUGGGAGGCUGAAGACACUAGUCCCGAGAUAUGCAGGAAGAUAUGGAAAAACACCCGGUCACGCUCUCCUAGGAAGAGAAGCGCGCCGACACCAGCCGAUACCGCCGAGGACCUGCUAAUAGAGGAUGGCCUCGGCCUGUUUGACGGUGCUUCCUUUGGAACCGAUACUUCUGAGGACCAUGGCUUCUAUGAUGACGAGCUGAGUCCUCCUGAGCGGCAACAGGAGGAGGAGCCUCGGGGGAGGUCGCGGAAGCGCAGGCGCAGCCUGGAACUUGAGCAGCAAGACUGCGGUAAUGGUAAUAGGUCUUUGGUGCGGAGGAAGGUGCUCCAUUAGAUAGAUAUUAAGAGGUAGUUUCCAAGGUACAACUGACAGUUAGUAGUUUAGCGGAUACCAAGCGUUCCUUAAUACUCGUGUUUAUUCCUGA